UAGGAUGGAGGAUGAAGCUGUCCUGGACAGAGGAGCCUCCUUCCUUAAACAUGUGUGUGAUGAAGAAGAAGUAGAAGGCCACCACACCAUCUACAUUGGGGUCCAUGUGCCGAAGAGCUACAGGAGAAGGAGACGCCACAAGAGAAAGACAGGGCACAAAGAAAAGAAGGAAAAAGAAAGAAUCUCUGAGAACUACUCUGAUAAGUCAGAUGUGGAAAAUGCAGAUGAAACCAGCAGCAGCAUCCUCAAACCUCUCAUCUCUCCUGCUGCAGAACGUAUCCGAUUCAUCUUGGGUGAGGAGGAUGACAGCCCCGCACCCCCUCAACUCUUCACCGAACUGGAUGAGCUGCUGGCCGUGGAUGGGCAGGAGAUGGAGUGGAAGGAGACAGCGAGGUGGAUUAAAUUUGAAGAAAAAGUGGAACAGGGUGGGGAAAGAUGGAGCAAGCCCCAUGUGGCCACAUUGUCCCUUCACAGCUUAUUUGAGCUGAGGACAUGUAUGGAGAAAGGAUCCAUCAUGCUUGACAGGGAGGCUUCUUCUCUUCCACAGUUGGUGGAGAUGAUUGUUGACCAUCAGAUUGAGACAGGCCUAUUGAAACCUGACCUUAAGGAUAAGGUGACCUAUACUUUGCUCCGGAAGCACCGGCAUCAAACCAAGAAAUCCAACCUUCGAUCCCUGGCUGACAUUGGGAAGACAGUCUCCAGUGCAAGUAGGAUGUUUACCAACCCUGAUAAUGGUAGCCCAGCCAUGACCCAUAGGAAUCUGACUUCCUCCAGUCUGAAUGACAUUUCCGAUAAACCAGAGAAGGACCAGCUGAAGAAUAAGUUCAUGAAAAAACUUCCACGUGAUGCAGAAGCCUCCAACGUGCUUGUUGGGGAGGUUGACUUCUUGGAUACUCCUUUCAUUGCCUUUGUUCGGCUCCAGCAGGCGGUCAUGCUGGGUGCCCUGACUGAGGUCCCUGUGCCCACAAGGUUCUUGUUCAUUCUCUUAGGUCCUAAGGGGAAAGCCAAGUCCUACCAUGAGAUCGGCAGAGCCAUUGCCACCCUGAUGUCUGACGAGGUGUUCCAUGACAUUGCUUAUAAAGCUAAAGACAGGCAGGACCUGAUUGCUGGUAUCGACGAGUUCCUCGAUGAAGUCAUUGUUCUUCCACCUGGGGAAUGGGACCCAGCAAUCAGGAUAGAGCCUCCUAAGAGCCUUCCAUCAUCUGACAAAAGAAAGAAUAUGUACUCAGGUGGAGAGAAUGUUCAGAUGAAUGGGGACACACCUCACGAUGGAGGCCAUGGAGGAGGAGGAGGAGGACAUGCGGAUUGUGAAGAAUUGCAGCGAACUGGACGGUUCUGUGGUGGACUCAUUAAGGACAUAAAGAGGAAAGCACCAUUUUUUGCCAGUGAUUUUUAUGAUGCUUUAAAUAUUCAGGCUCUUUCAGCAAUUCUCUUCAUUUAUCUGGCAACUGUAACUAAUGCUAUCACUUUUGGAGGACUGCUUGGGGAUGCCACUGACAACAUGCAGGGCGUGUUGGAGAGCUUCCUGGGCACAGCUGUCUCUGGGGCCAUCUUUUGCCUGUUUGCCGGUCAACCACUCACGAUUUUGAGCAGCACAGGACCUGUCCUUGUCUUUGAGAGGCUUCUAUUCAAUUUCAGCAAGGAUCAUAAUUUUGACUAUCUGGAGUUUCGCCUUUGGAUUGGCUUGUGGUCAGCCUUCUUGUGUCUCAUUUUGGUAGCCACAGAUGCCAGCUUCUUGGUUCAGUACUUCACUCGCUUCACAGAAGAGGGCUUCUCUUCUCUGAUUAGCUUCAUCUUUAUCUACGAUGCUUUCAAGAAGAUGAUCAAGCUAGCUGACUACUACCCCAUCAACUCCAACUUCAAAGUGGGCUACAAUACUCACUUUUCCUGUGCCUGUGUGCCUCCUGACCCAGUUAAUAUCUCAAUAUCUAAUGACACUACACCGGCUCCAGAGGAUUGGCCAACUGUUUCUUCUACUGACAUGUACCAUAAUGCUACCUUUGACUGGGCAUUUUUGUCGACGAAGAAGUGUUUGAAAUACGGAGGAAAGCUCGUGGGGAACAACUGUGAUUUUGUUCCUGACAUCACUCUCAUGUCUUUCAUCCUCUUCUUGGGCACCUACACCUCUUCUAUGGCUCUGAAAAAAUUCAAAACGAGUCGUUAUUUUCCAACCACGGCAAGAAAACUGAUCAGUGACUUCGCCAUUAUCUUGUCCAUUCUGAUCUUUUGUGUAAUAGAUGCCCUGGUGGGUGUGGAUACUCCAAAACUAAUUGUGCCAAGUGAGUUCAAGCCAACAAGUCCAAACAGAGGUUGGUUUGUCCCACCAUUUGGAGGAAACCCCUGGUGGGUGUACCUUGCAGCUGCGAUCCCUGCUUUGUUGGUCACCAUUCUGAUUUUCAUGGACCAGCAAAUCACAGCUGUGAUUGUGAACAGGAAAGAGCAUAAACUCAAGAAAGGAGCUGGAUAUCACCUGGAUCUCUUCUGGGUGGCCAUCCUCAUGGUGGUGUGCUCUUUCAUGGCUCUUCCGUGGUAUGUGGCUGCAACUGUCAUUUCCAUUGCUCACAUUGACAGUUUGAAGAUGGAGACCGAGACUUCUGCACCUGGAGAACAACCAAAGUUUCUAGGAGUGAGAGAACAAAGAGUCACUGGAACCCUCGUGUUUAUUCUAACUGGUCUGUCAGUCUUUAUGGCUCCCAUCUUGAAGUUUAUUCCCAUGCCUGUACUGUAUGGCGUGUUCCUGUAUAUGGGGGUAGCAUCCCUUAAUGGUGUACAGUUCAUGGAUCGUCUGAAGCUGCUUCUGAUGCCCCUGAAGCAUCAGCCAGACUUUAUCUACCUGCGCCAUGUCCCCCUGCGCAGAGUCCACCUGUUCACUUUCCUGCAGGUGUUAUGUCUAGCCCUGCUCUGGAUCCUCAAGUCCACUGUGGCUGCUAUCAUUUUCCCAGUCAUGAUCUUGGCACUUGUAGCUGUCAGAAAAGGCAUGGACUACCUCUUCUCCCAACAUGACCUCAGCUUCCUCGAUGAUGUCAUUCCAGAAAAGGACAAGAAAAAGAAGGAAGAUGAGAAGAAAAAGAAAAAGAAGAAAGGAAGUCUGGACAGUGACAAUGAUGAUGAGAAAGAUCACCAACAUUCCUUGAACGCCACACAUCAUGCUGAUAAAAUUCCUUUCCUUCAGUCACUCGGUAUGCCAAGUCCUCCUAGAACUCCAGUAAAAGUUGUGCCUCAAAUUAGGAUAGAACUUGAGCCUGAAGACAAUGAUUAUUUCUGGAGGAGCAAGGGAACAGAAACUACAUUGUAACCUGUUUGUCUUUCUUUAAAAUUGACAGUUUUUGUUGUUAAUGUUCUGGGGUUUUGUCUGGUUGUUUAUUUUUUAAUUUUUGUUUUGUUUUGGGUUUUGGUCAUUGGCCAAAUAAUAUAGUGCUCACUCUGCUUCUCUCUUGCAUAGGUGAAAUCCAGACCAUACUGCACUGUUCCUUAAAAACAUCUGAAGAAUCCCCUUUUCUUUUCACACUUUCAGAUGUGUCCUCUGACAACCAAAUUCCUCUGUCACUGAAGACACACACAGACCCUGUCCUUUUCCUUUAUUAAGCAGAGGGCAAAAGUAUUAAGGAUUUUGUAACACCUUUUUAACGUAUUGAAGGAACUUACAACCAGCUUUGGAGCUGUGCUUACUGGCUCGUCUGUCUGCCUGGUAGAAUAAACCUUGACCUCCAGGCAGAGUCCCUUCUUGCUUCUAGAGCUUUCCAGGACUGGAAAAAGUGCUGCAAUGCGAACUUGCUCUUGCUUGUAAGCCCUAAUCUUAGAGUUAUCAAAAGAAGAAAAACUAAAGGUACUUAACUCCCUGUAGAGAAACUGUUGCCAUCAUUGUAGCAAGUGCUGGAAUAUCCCUUUUUCCUAUGCAACUUUUUUUAACCCUUUAAUGAACUUAUCUGUUGAGUACAUUGAAGAAUAUU